AUGAGUGCGGACAACAUUUUUGGCCCGCAGAGAGCGGGCGUUCUCGACUUUACCAUCCUUUUUGAGCAAAGUAUUUUGUCUCUUCUCCCGACUGGUCUGUUCAUCUUGCUUGUGCCGCUGAGACUAUAUGUGCUAUGGAGCAAUGAGAGGGCCACCAAAUCUAAACCUUUGCUAUGGGCAAAAAUGGCCAUUAUUGCCAUUUAUGCCUGCCUCCAAACCGCUUUGCUUGUCCUCUGGUGCCGACAAAACUCAACAAAAACAGCAAUCGCCGAGCCCGUCCUUGGAUUGAUCGAAUCAUUUGCGCUUGCCGCUCUGUCGUUUGUUGAACACCUAAACUCCAGGAAGCCAUCCAAGUUGAUCGGAGCAUUUCUCGUCAUAACCAUCAUCCUCGACAUUGCCCUCGUCCGAACUUUUUGGAUACGAUCGAUGCACAGUAUUGCAAGUGUUUUCACUGCCUCGUUUGUGAUCAAGACGAUCCUCUUGAUCUUGGAAGAAACACCGAAAUCGCCACUCAGUGACAAGGAAAAGAUACAGGAGACAGCAUCUGGAGUGGUCAAUAGGAGCUUCUUCUGGUGGUUGAAUGGACUCUUCCUGCAAGGCCAUCGCACUAUUCUCGAGACCGAAGACUUACAGGCGAUAGACUCAAAGUUCGACACAGACCAUGUAUCCACACCGCUGGAGAAACAAUGGGAACGAGCCCGCAAUAGUGGCCAGCCCAGUCUCUUAAAAUCCACCUUCCUCGCUUACAAGUGGCAAUUUGCUGCCGGCAUCAUCCCUCGACUCCUUCACAGCGGCUUCAACUUUGCGCAACCCUUCCUUAUCCAAUCCGUUAUCGUGCUCGUCAGCAAAAAGGAAAUGUCGGUCCAAACUUCCAGCGGGCUCAUCGGAGCAACAGUCCUCAUCUACAUUGGCCUUGCCAUUUCUGGUGCCUGGCACAAACACAUGUCUUACCAGCUGGUGACUAUGUACAGAGGUGGACUUGUGUCGUUGAUAUUCAAGAAGACACUCAAACUCAAGACCACGUCCAUCAAAGACUCUGCACCUGUUACACUCAUGACGGCGGACGUGGAGACGAUUGUUGCUGCUGGAGCCUCGGUCCAUGAUAUGUGGGCAAACAUGCUGGAGCUUCCUGUGGGAAUUUAUCUGCUUUAUCGUCAAGUUGGCAAGCCUAGCUUGCUUGUGCUGGUCCCAACCGUCAUCACAACGAUUGUCAGUGGCGUCAUCUCUCCAGCCAUGGAACCAGCGACAGUGAAGUGGAAUGAAGCUGUUCAGAAGCGAGUCGGUGAAACAUCAAGCAUGCUCAAUCAGAUGAAAGGCAUCAAAAUGAUGGGCCUGACAGAUUUCUUUCUCAAAAUGGUCCAGGGCCUCAGAGUCCAUGAGCUCAAAGUGUCUGCCAAGUUCCGAUGGUUGCUCGUCUACUUCAAUGCCCUCGCCAUGAUAUCUGCCCAGUUGACUCCGGUGGUUGUCAUCAUGUCUGCAAUUUACUGGACCAAAGCAGAUGGAGGCCUAAGUGUCGCAGAAGCGUUCACAUCACUGUCCCUGAUUUCUGUUGUGACUCAGCCCCUGGUCAUGAUUCUCGUCUCUUUGAUGCAGAUCGCAGGUGUUGUCGGGGGAAGUGGCAGGAUUCAAGCUUUUCUGCUCCUGGAUGAGCAGCUUGCUGCCAAGGAGGCUGUCGAUGUUGAUGCCGUCACUAUACAGAACGUCAGCAUUCAGACACCCGACGGAAAUUCUUUGCUCACCAAUAUCAACCUCCAAAUCUCGCCCGGGACACUAAACAUGCUCGUAGGCAGGGUGGGCUGCGGAAAGUCAUCACUCUUGAGAACGAUCAUCGGUGAACUUAUACCAUCGGAGGGGACGGUCAAGACCCAGGACUCUCUUGCGUAUUGCGACCAGGUACCAUGGCUCCGCAACACCACAAUUCGAGAAAACGUCGUUGGGCUUUCGCCGAUGGACGACAAGUGGCUGUCGACAGUCCUUCAUGCUUGCGCUUUGGAAGAGGAUCUCCAUCAACUGCCCCAAGGCCAAGAGACAAUUGUUGGUUCUGGUGGAGUGGCGUUGAGUGGAGGCCAAAAGCAGCGGGUUGCUCUUGCAAGAGCUGUGUACUCGCGAAAGAAGCUCAUCGUACUUGAUGAUGUCUUUAGCAGCCUUGAUAAAACGACUGCUGAUGCAGUGUUCCAUCGCCUUCUGGGGGCUGAAGGGCUGCUUCGGUCAAGCACCGUUGUGUUGGUAACCAUUCACUAUUUGCCAUUCGCGGACUUUGUUUCCGUAAUUGAAGAAGGCCGAAUCACUCGCAACCAAGUUCAAUACUCUCAACUUGAAGCCACCGAAACUCUAAACACUAUCGCACCAAUCGAAACUCAGCAGCUUGUACAGAAAGAUAUAGUCAAGCUUACUCCGAAGAGGGAAAUCGACUUAGCUCGGAAGACUGGGGAUACAGAUUGCUACAAGAUAUAUGUCAAGUCAAUGGGUUGGAAAGUGAUUAGCAUCAUCUUUCCAACUUCAGUGAUUGGCGCCGUUCUUGAAGCCAUGCCUCGUGAGUAUUGUGCGCGCCACUUCGAUGAAGCUAACGAUGUAGAAAUCUGGUUACGAAUUUGGACGGAGAAAGGUGAGGGCUCGAAGGAUGCUCACUAUGCUGGAGGUUAUAUAGGGCUAGUCGUUGCUUCAAUGGCCCUGGCACUUUUGAACAUUGAGUUCAGCCAGGACAUGACACUCAUCGAUAUGUCUCUCCCGCUAGCGUUCUACCUGACACUGGAUUUGACCCUGAGGUGUCUUGUUCAGGUUGGUGUGGUGGCCUCCGGAGCGAGUUACUUUGGCGCAUUUCUCCCCAUUUCAAUCUUGGCUCUGUAUCUCAUCCAAAAGUACUACCUGCGCACAUCUCGUCAAAUGCGACUCCUGGACCUCGAAGCCAAAACACCGCUCUACACACAAUUCACAGAGAUCACGGCUGGACUCGCAACAAUCCGCUCAUUCGGAUGGACAAACGACUUUCUCGCCGAAAGCUUCCGCAUGCUGAACACGUCGCAAAAACCCUUCUACCUAAUGUUUUGUAUUCAGCGAUGGUUGGAACUGGUACUCGACCUCUUCGUCGCUGGAAUGGCCAUCCUCCUGGUCACAAUUGCUCUGAGGAUUCCUGGCACCACUAGUGAGGGCGCGAUUGGGCUCGCCAUGGUGAACCUGCUAGGGUUGAAUCUGACACUAACAACAGUGAUUGAUCAGUGGACGACUCUCGAGACUUCACUCGGAGCUAUUGCCCGGCUGAAGUCCUUCAUCAGCGAUACCCCAAACGAGAACAAGUCGGGUGAAACUGAGGUCCCAGACAACUGGCCUGGUGGUAGAAUCGUGUUUGAUGAAGUGACCGCAUCAUACAGUGACGAAUCUCAACCUGUUCUUCGCGAUGUUUCGCUUGCGAUUGAAGCUGGGCAAAAGGUCUGCGUAUGUGGACGUACUGGAAGUGGCAAAUCAUCAUUUAUGCUUUCGAUUCUUCGUUUACUCGAGCUACAAUCAGGAAGCAUUCAUAUCGACGGCAAAGACCUAGCAUCAAUACCGCGUCAACACAUCCGAUCCCAGAUCACAACUAUCCCUCAAGAUCCUGUAAGCCUCACAGGUACAGUACGACAGAAUCUCGACCCAGAAGCACUCAUUCAAGCGGAUGAAAUCCUUAUUGAAGCUCUGAAAAAGACUACCCUAUGGGCAACCAUUGACACUCGCGGCGGACUCGAUGCUGAUCUCAGCGAACUUGGCUUUUCCGUCGGCCAGCGCCAAUUGUUUUGUCUCGCACGAGCCUUGCUCUCACACUCAAAUAUCGUGCUACUUGAUGAACCAACCAGCAGUGUUGAUAACACUACCGACAAAGACGUACGGCAUAUCAUUCGAGAGGUUAUGCAAGGGCGAACAGUUAUUGAAGUCACACAUCGUCUCGAUUAUGUGACAGACUUUGAUCUCGCUGUUGUCAUGAAGGAUGGACGAGUCAUCGAGACUGGCGACCCAAGGGAGCUACUCGUCCAAGACUCAGCUUUGAAGGUGCUGCGGGGAUGA